GGGUUUAGGGUUCUUGGGGAGAAGGAGCGAUGGAGAGAGCGGGUAUGGAGGUAGCCGGCAUGGCGGAGGAGGAUCAGCAGCGAAUUGCGGGCAUGAUCGAUGCGCUGCAAGCCCGCGACAGCUUGAGGAUGUAUAACGCGCUGGUGGAGCGAUGCUUUGGGCACUGCGUGGAUUCCUUCCGGCGCAAGACGCUGGAGAAGCAGGAGGAGACGUGCGUGAAGCGCUGCGCGGAGAAAUUUCUAAAGCACGCUAUGCGGGUGAGCAUGAGAUUCCAGGAGCUCAACUAUGACAAGGUUACACCGGACUAGCGAAGGGAGAAUCUACUGGAAUAUUUAUUUAGCUCUUGAAACGUUUUAAUAAUUCUAGCCUAAAUCCUAGCCGUUCAAUCUCAAGUUUAAUUGUUGUGAUGA